CACGUCUUAAUUCUUAUACAACACCAUAACAUAUCGGCAGAAUUUUAGACGUUUUGGGACUGGCAUCGAAAAUAUUGAAAGCAGUGAAAAAGAAUUAAUGAAAAUUAUUUAAAAUACUUCGAGAGAUUUUUCCGAACAUCAUGCAUUUCAGAGAGUUUCGAUGUUGUGAAAAGGACCCAGAUGCCCGUUUUUUAAAGAUUACAUUCCUAAAGCAGCAACAUGGGGAAUGAACAUUCCACACCGGAGAGGACCGAGAAGUGCCCUGUAUUUGAGAGUCCGGUGAUUCUGCCCCUCCCUGAGAAGGAAUUGGAUGACGGGGGAGUUUAUAAGGGGGACCAACCCAAUGACCGUAUUCUGAAAGUUUCAGAAAUACUACGGAAAAGCUUGGAGAUGGACAUUGAAGAAAAUGGCGUAACGAGCAAUGAUAGCAUGACAGAGAAUGGGUGUGACGUCACGCCACAAUCCCCGACAUUCCGAAGUUCCAUCACAAUUCAUUUAACUCCUUGUGUAGAAUACCUCCAGUCGCCUGAUACUGAAAGUACAUCUAAUGAAAACACUGAUAUAAAAACUGACCAGGCAUUUCAUAACGAAGAUCGACAGACCGGUGAAAGUGAUCAAGUGCUUGAACAAAAUAUUGACAAGACUAUCAGUAACUGCUGUAUGAGUCGUAGGGAGAACACGUUAUGUAACGGCUAUACUUCAGAUAUGAAGGGACACAUACAUGCAGGUGUUGCACAAGAAGGAGAAGACGAAGAGGUUGUGAGAGUUGAAAAAGUGAAAUAUCAUCGGGGAAAUAGCAAUAUUGAUGAGUAUAUUGAAAAAGCUAAAAAUCUGGCGGUAAAAACGAACGGAUUAUCAGCAGAUGUUUCUGAUAGUGGUGAUAAAGGUGCACAAAAUGGUGACCCCUUGAAAGGAAGUGAUAAAAUUGACCAAGAAUUAAUGGAAGUGAAGAAAAAUGCAGAAGUUUUAUCAGUCGAACCAUCACAAGAAAAUUGUGAAAACCAUGCUUCAGUCCCGGAUGAAAUUAAUUUGGAAUUAAAACAGGAAAAUGAGAAACAUGCAGUGAUCGCUGAUGAAACAAUGGCAUCAGCACAGGUGCAAGAAAAUGGUGGAAAUUAUUCACCAGUUGUUUCUGAAACUAUAAAUUCUGACCUUGAGCAUGGAAAUAGCGAAAAACAAAUCAUAACUGUUGGUGAAACAAGACCGUCAGAACCAGCGCGGGAAAAUGAGGAAGAGCCUUUUGCAGUCCUCGAGGAAAUAAUACCUUCAACCGCUGCUUCAGUUCAUGCCGAAGAACAUGUAGAAAACGCAGAAGCGAAUCUGCCUGUGGAACACACAAAUGGUCAGGAAGAUAACGUUGAUGAUUUGGAAAUAAAAGUUCUUUCAGAAGUUAUUAAAAAAGAUGAGAUUCAGAGACAGACUUCUGCUGAGGAACAGAGAGAAAAAUCGAAGAAAAAGCAUCAUUCUCCUUUAUCUAAGUUUGGAGUUAAAUUCAAUGAGGCAUGGAAAAGCAUCAAACCGAAACGAAGGGAGAGCAUGGAGAAAUCAAAAACACGAGUAGCGGGGGCAUACGCAGCUGAACAAGAUUUUACUGUGAACCAUGCCUCUCCAACAAAAGAAAAAUCAGCUUUUGAAUGGGAAGAACCCAACAGAACCAAAGUAAACAUUAUUCAAACCAAUGGCAUAUCCUUCGAAGGGGCAACUCAAAAAGCCUAUGCAAUUUGUAAUGAAUAUGCAUAUGUUGUUCGAAAGCAGAGUUACUCUAAUAAGAUCGAUGUGCCAUCUGAGUUUGCCGAGGAUAAGGAUAUUGAUUCUGACGCAAUUUCGGAUAUUGAUGAGGAACUUGUAGCAAAAUCUACCCGAGAGGACGAGCUUUCGGAUUUUGAGGAUAGCAUCAAUGCCGAAAAGCAGGGACCGGUUUAUGUGGGACUUAUUGUUAAAGAUGCAAAUGAAGGUGAAGAAAAUCCUGCGGAUCUAGAAGAAGGACUUUCUGAGAAUGGAGAGGAAAGUAUUACAGCAUCUUUUAACAUAGAUACGCAGCAUGAAAAAACUAACAAUGGCCUUAACAGCGAUGAUAAAAACGAAACAGCUGAACAUGAACUUGAAGGUUGUGUUGAAUCAACACAUACUGACAUUUUGCAUGAACAACCAAUCGCAAAUGAAAGCACGGGUACUCAAAGUGAGAAAAUGGAAAUUGAAAAACCAACUGAAUCCACACAAAAAUCUACAUCGCCCACUAAAGUAAAGAAAAAGAAUAGCAUAUUGAAAUAUUUGCUUCAUAGUCCUAAAAAGAGCAAAACAAAGAAAAAAGAGUCUCAGUUAAGCAAAGCACAAGAAGUGACAAUCACCGUUGAUUCCAAAACAGAAGCCGUGGAAACUCCGUCUGAGGGCCAGCACACUAGAAAUACCUGUGCUGAUAACAUUGAUCCAUUGCUGACGUACGUAGAAUGCAGAGAAAAAGAUUUAGAAUGUGCUAAAGAAUCUGACAAAACUGUAGAAUCGAAAGAGGAAAAUUCUUCAACGAAUUCUUCGGCUGCAGAAUUUGAUGAAGUUGAUCUAAAUUCAACAUCUGACACACAUUCAAAUUUAAAUGUAAAAAUUGAGGAUUUAAAAGAUUCAUUACCGAAUGAGGAGAUUAUUCCUAGUGUAUCCCAAGAAGACGUAGAAAUACAAGACAAUGCGACAGAGGAAAUCGCAGAAAAAGAAAAUGCAAGUUUGACAUUGACAAGUGACAAAACUGAACUAAAAACUACACAGAACUCUGAUAUAGAAAAGGCACAUUUGAACAACGCGGAUAAUUUCGACGCUGCAGAAAACGACUCAAAGUUGAUCGAAAAAGUUGACGAUGUCGAAAGCGUCAAUAAAAAUCUUCCUCAGAAUAUUGAAAUUGAGGAAAAGUCUGACAAACCUCCUUCUAAUGAGAAACCAGUGCAAGAAAUCAAAGGUGAACCCAAUUUGGAAGAAGAGGAAUUCAACGAAAAUCAAGCUGUGGUUAUAGACGUGACGUGUUCAGACGACAACGAUAUCAUUGUCGAUGGUACCGAUCAUGACUUAGAUGUGAUCCAAAGGCAAGAGAAAAGAAAACUUCCAGAUGAGGAAAACGAUUCUCCUGAGCUACAGAAUCCUUCUGGAAGCCAUUCAGAGAGUGUUACCACAGCGUCACAAAGUGCAAAAUCCUCUCCCACUCGUAAGAAGAAGAAAAAGAGAACAAAUAGUCUAAGUGCUAAGAUAUCCGACUUCUUUGGAGUUGGGGAAUUCAGACGACGAAUAUCAACACAUUCUAACAAAUCAGACAAAAGCCCCCACGAAGAAAAGAAUAUCUGGUCACCAAAUGAAAAGCAGACAGAAAGAAAGCAAAGCGGCUCUUCUCUACACGAAGAAGUUGACAAUAGCAUACCUGAAACAGAGGCUACAUGCCCUGAAAUUCAGGAAGAAAUUAUACCUGAACGUUCUUUGGAGGCUAAAAGUAUGCCAACAUUAAAUAUCGAACACUCGGAGGAAGGAGGUGAAAAAACUAAAGCCGAGGCGACUCAUGUGAAAAUGCGUGGCCGAGGGAAAGAAAAAAGACCCAAGAGGAAUUCUUUUCUGGAAAGUCUUGGUUUACAUACCAGCAAAAGUAAAAAGAGACCAGUGAUUAGCAGUCCAAUUAGACAACACUACAGAAAAAGUCUAUUUGAUGAUGAGAUCCACAUAGAUGUUGAUCAAGAUUUACACAUCAUAUCUUUGUCAGAUGACGAAAAUGAUCCAAAUGCCACACCAAAAAAAUCCAAAGACAGUGGUGAGAUUACGGAAACCGCAACGGAAGUGGUGGAAAAACACCCUGAUGAAGAUAGAGUUGAGGAAACACCCACCGUGAAUGUUGAUGAAGUAGAAAAACCAGAGAAAGAUAGCGAAGAAAACAAUGCAGAAACUAACAAUAAGGAUACGAAUUCCGAAGAGAAAACACACAAAGAUGAUUUAAAUUUACCAAUUUCAAAAGAGGAAGGCAGUGAUGAAAGUAAGCAGGAGAUGAAAAUAUCCAUGGUUGAAAGAAAAUUGAGUCCUGGUGAAUAUGUAUCGCUGGAGCAAGCUCCAGAAAGCAAAGCUGAAACCGAGAGUGUGACCGAUUAUUUAAAAUUUGAGCAGGAAGAUUCAGAAUUAUCUCCAGAAAUAGAAGGAAAGGAAUUAACGUUGCAACUUAAUGGAGAGAAGAGAGGAGACGAUAAUGAAUCAUGCGAUUUAAAUUUGGAAUCUUCCACUGAGAAUUCAGAAUUAGAAAAUUUUCAUUCCUCUAAAAUAGAAGCUGAAAUUUACAAAGAAAUAAAAACUCUCGAUACUGAGGACAACUUAAAAAAAGACAGUGAUGUUACUGAUAUAUUAGAAGGAGAAAGUGGUACAGAAUCAACAGUCACUAACAAUGAAACAAAAAAUACUGACGAAAGAAGCAGCAUGAAUGCGAACACUGAAGAGGAAGUUCAUGUGUCCAAAGUGGAAUCACCUGAAAGUGCGGAUAAUAAGGAAAUUACUGAUAAGGAAGUCGAAGACAUUUCAUCCUUAAAUGAGGGAGCAAAAACUGUUGCAGAAAAUGAGAACUCAGCAAAUAUUUCGAAUGAUGUGCACAGUGAGGACAGUCAAACUAGUCACCACAUCACAGUAAAAGCGACCAUCGAAACACCUCCCGUGUCAAAUGAAAUUGAUUUAUGUGAAGUGAUGAAGGACCGUGUCGCAGAGUGUGAUGCAUUGUGCAAUGAUGCGGAAUAUGACAGCAUAAAGGUAGAGGAAGAAAGGACAGUGGCGAUAGAAAACCCUAAUUAUUGUGCCACUUGUCCAGUUGAAAACAAAUCGCCCUCGGAUACAGUUGACAAUCUUCAUUCACAAGUUGAUGGUGACGUCAAUGGUCAGGACGAAUCUUUAACAUUGCCCAACACAGAAGCAUCGGCAGAAGAGAGAAAAUAUUCCACGGCAGCUGCUCGAUCAGCGAGUAUGGAGGAAUUAACCGUUCAUUCUAGUCACAUUUACGAAGAAAUUGAGAAAAAGAGACCAAUUAUUUAUAGACGAUUUUCGGAUAAAACUGAGAAUAGAAAAGUGAUUUGUACAAGUCCGGAACCGGAUGGAAAGAAAGUGAAGAAAAAGAAAUCUCGCAGCAGCUCUUUUUCGGAAUUUUUUAGGAAUCCAACGAAAUAUAAAAUGCCAGCAUGGAGACAUAAGAAAACCAAAGAAAUUGUUUAGGAUGGUCAUAAAUACAUAAGAACAUCCAAAGAACAAAGAUGGUGAUGUAAUCAUUCAAGCAAGUUCAUCCACAUCAAUUCUGUACAUGUAAUGGACUUCGCUCUAUGGGAACGGCAGUGAUUGUUGGAACUUCUUGUGAUUGGAAAUUACUUUCGAGAAAUUCUAGCAUUUAGGAGUUCUAGGAAUCAAAAGUUACUUGUUCAAAUUUUGUUUUCGAAGGAAUGAACAAGUUCUGUGUCGAUAAUCAAUUCCUAUGGAGAAAAUGCAAAACUUUCGCCAAGUGUUGUUCUUACAUAAGUGAUGACUGGAGAAAACGGGUAUAAGAAAAUUCUACAGAGUAUGUCCAAAAAUUAUCACCAGUCUGUUGUCAUUAUACAUUAUUUUAUUACUGGUAUGUUGAUAUAUUUCACGUAUCAUUUUUUAAAAUAGUCAAGAUUGCAAGUUAACACUUGUAAAGAAGUUUAAAUUUGUAUAAAACCAAGAAUAAUGAAUAUUCACUAUCGACGAAAUAAUAUUUCUGUAUUUUUUAAGUGAAAGAAACUGUAAAAGCAAAUCAAUGUAACUGGUAUAUCACGAAUAUACUGUUAUGAUACAGAAAAGAAAAUUUAUUGUAUUGUAUUUUGUAACAGUAUUCAACAUUCAGUGUACAUAUCAUCAUUCAGUAUAGUGCUAUAUUUAUGUUUUUCUUUACCAAUGUAAAGUUUGAUGUACAUAAACAUAUAUCUCUAUAGAA